UGACUUGUAACAUGUCCCAUGUAAUAACUUUUUAUUAUUAAUAAAUCCUUAAAUAAUUAAAUGUAGCUUCAAAGGAUGUCUUCUUAAUACCCGUACUAAUUAUCCACCGAAGCAACAGAAAUUUGCAAAUGGAAUUUGUGAACCAUAGCCACCCACUAAUCCUCAAUGAAAAUUUUCACGGUGGUGAAGAAGAUGCUUGCUAUCUUUGCAGAGAGCGAUUACGCUCUACACCUCUGUACUCUGUCUAUCGUUGCAGCAGCAGAGAUAAUACUAGCGGCCUUGCUGAUGAUGCUGUCAAUUGUGUUAAGUUGUUUGUGCACAAAAUCUGUGCCGAACUGCCCCUCAAAAUCACAGACUACUUUAAGCACCCUCAGCAUCCUAUUACCCUUGUCCGUAAAAUAGAUCUUUCCCGCAAGCACUGUUCGAUCUGUUUUUGGGCUUUAUCGCAUACCAUAGUCUAUUCUUGCAAGUCGUGUGAUCUGACAGUUUGUCUAAGAUGUGCUACAUCUCCGCUUAUUUAUCAUCCCAGUCACAAUCAACACGCUCUAGCGUUAGUACAGCGCCAGGCCUCUUUCUGCUGUGACGCCUGUGGCAUGGAGGCUAGCAGUUGGUCCUCGUGUAAAUGCAACACAUGCCCCUUUUGGAUCCAUACCAGUUGUGCAAUCUUAUCUUCUUUCAAGAAAUUUCAGUUUCAUAUACAUCCUCUUCUCUUGGCCUAUUCUUUUCCUCAACAGUAUCUUAAUUUCAGACAAAAGUGCAAAAUCUGCAGGUGCUUAAUACAGCCAACACGGUGGUUUUACUAUUGCGCCGGUUGCAGAUUCUUUGUCCAUCUCAAUUGUACAGAUACAGCUCUUGAGAUGACGAUGAGACCAUCAGAGGAUUUUGGUAAUAUGGUGCACCUACCUUCUCGAGAUGAAUCAUCACUAAACUUGUUGCGGCAGUUGUUCAUCCAUCAGAUGAUGAUUAAUCAGAGAGAAGCUGAAGCUUUGAUGACGUGGUCUUUUUCUCCAAUUUCAACGGUUACAGCAGAAGUAGCAGGGCCUAGUAAGGAGGUGAUCGAUCACUGGUCUCACUAUCAGCAUCCUCUAAUUCUCAAAAAAUGCAGUACUCUUAAUACACAGUUGAUGACGGUGAAAGACAACGAUGAAGAAUCUGAUGCUGACACUUUUAUAGUAUGCGACGGGUGCACAAACCCAAUCAACUGCAGUAAUACAUCUUACUAUGAAUGCCAUACAUGCAAUUAUUUUCUCCACACGUAUUGCACAGAGUUGCCGAAACAGAUGCAACCUUAUAAGUUACCUUAUAAAUUUGCCCCUUUACCCUUUAACAAAUCCUACCCGAUCAUCUUUUCCAAAGUGCUAUUUGUUCAAAUGUAAUGGGUGCAACUAUCUUAAAAGCAGAGUACACAUAACCACCCGUAAUGGAGAUUACAAACUUGACAUCGGGUGCGCUACGUUACCCAGUGAGAUUAAACAUGAAGCUCAUCAGCACCCCCUAACUCAAACCGUAAGCAGCUGGGAUUAUUAUCAACAAGUCAAUAGUUGCGACGCCUGUGCGCUUCGUUUCGCUGAGAAAGAACUCUAUUUUAAAUGUGACCUUUGUUUCUUCAAAGUACACAUACAGUGUGCACACAAACUGAAGCACCGCUGGGAUUCUCACCCCCUCACCUUGAUCACUCCCGAGAACAUCGUCGAAGAUCAUCCCCAUGAUUUUAAUUGCGAACAUUGUUCUGAAGACAUUGACACCAACUACUGGUUCUAUCAUUGCGAUUUAUGUGAUCUCUCUUGUCAUAUGUCCUGCAUUAAUAACUUCUACAGAUACUCUGCUAUCAAUUCAGGGAUUCGAACAUUCAGCUGCGCCAGAAGGUUCACCAGCACGGGCUCGAACUUGUUUUAAGUAAAAGAAAGCGUCGCUGUGGAAACUGUCAUGGCCAACUCUUUCUUUCGCCGGCACUUCAAUGUACCCCGUGUAAUUUUAUUAUUUGUCUGUCUUGUGCCGAUGCUGAUCAGUUUGAUUAAUUUCUACAUCUCACUUGUUUAUAUUA